AUGUACGCUAGUGCUUGCCGCUGGGUUGGACUUCUUCCUGCCUCGGUGAGGACUGUCAACUCAACGCUUCCGCUUAACCAGUCGACCCGCCAGGCCGUGGCACCAGACUGCAAAGCCAACAGGCUGAAGGCUUGCAAGCUGCGAUUGUGUCUGCUGAGCAUUGAGCAGCCGGCCUGGACCGCGGACUUGGUGGCCGAGCCCCUGCUGUGUGCCAGUAACGGCACCUCAGACUCAUACGUUUACACCCAUGCCCCCAGCGGGCCCCAGGGUCUCACUCAACCCCCGGGGGGCAGUACGGCACCCACUGGAGGCACGGCAGAGGACGAGAAGCAAAGCCGGCGCAUCGCUGAGGGCGUCAACGAGGAGCCCCUUCCCGACGUGUGUCCCUUUGCGCCGGAGCGCACGACCUUCUGCCGGAAGAAAGAUGUGGAAUGUACGAAUGCCGUACAGAUCUGGCCAAUACUGGAGCUCAUCUCCGUACCGAUGUUCGCCAUCCUGCUGGGCCUGUCGUACGUAAACCUCUACCAGAUUAACAAGUGGUUUCCGACCAUCGUGGGAAUCACCCUCGCGUUCACCGCCCUGGUGGGUCGGUGGGUCGGUGAGCCUGCUGUGGCGCCGCCCCUUCACCGGCACUACGCGCGCUAUCCCAAGUUCGACCGGGGCGGGUCCCUGCUCUGGCGGCACACACCCAGCUGGCGCCGUACCUCCGAUUUGGCCGCCCUGGGCUGGUUCUCUGCCUUCACCGUCAUCACGCUGCUCACCCUGGCUCCGGAGCUAACCGGGCACCACAGGGGCAGCAACGCACUCAACGUGAUAUUCAACUACAUCUCCCCCGCCGUGUUCGUGCUCGCGGCGCUGAUCUACCAGCAGACGCUGGGGGACCACUACCGCAGAAGUACCGUCCGCAACUUGGACCGCUACUUCGGCCGCACCCACAUCAGCCAGGUGCCCGCAGGGGGGCAGUGCCGCGUUGGUGGCGAUGUUGACAAUAUCACGUUGGUUGUUGGUUGUUCGUUGUUGGUCGAGGGAGGCAACUUUUCUCCGUCUUUAAAGAGCAGCAGCUACAGCAAUAGCAGCGCCACGCACCGCGCGAGGGAGGGAGUGCAAUAUUUAAGCCAACCACCUAGUCACAAGGCCCUAUGCAGCAGCAAGAUCCCUGGAGUGUGUGCGCUACAUUUUGCCGCUCCGCCGCGUGUAAAGUUCUCCUCCCCGCUCGUUAAUGGUUACGCGCUGGUAGCCAG